AUGAACAGAGCUGUCUCAUCCAAGUGUUUCCAGUGCCCUACCUUUCGAGCUGGAAGGUGCUCGGGCACAGCCAAACGGCUCUUAGCAACUGACGCGGCACCGCUCACUCGAAAGGACAAGAAGGAGGGCGAUAUUUCCUCAGUCUUCUCAACAUUCUCUGGUCGAAAGAUCCCGCCUCUACCUGAACGUUUCCGAGAGCUGAAGCGUAACCUGACUACCGGGUUCGAAGAGCAGAUUCAAAAGUCGUGGGAUGAACUUGUUGAGGUUCUGAAAGUGCGCACCGAAGAAGUUGCCUCCAAAAGAGAGUCUAUUAUUCCCCAGCUGAACUAUUCCGAUAUUCGCGCAGGCAGCGUAUCUCCGGAGACUGUUGCAGCAAUCCGACGGACCGGUGUCGCUGUUGUUAGGGGGGUUGUGCCAAAAGAUGAAGCCGAAGGACUUCUGUCUGAUAUCCGCCGAUACUUUGCUGCACACCAUUUCACGGGCUUCCCUUCUGAUGCAGACAAGAAGAUCAUUUACGAAUCGUAUUGGAGUCCUUCCCAAGUAAAGGCAAGGUCGCACCCUAAUAUGUUGUCCACACAAUCAUGGAUGAAUCAACUCUACUCCGCCGAUGACGAUCAAAAGAUUGAUCUCUCCGUGCCGCUUACGUACUGUGACCGUGUGCAGAUCCGCCCACCUGGGGAUAAGAAAUUUGCGCUUCCCCCUCACGUCGACGGUGGAGGGGUUGAAAGAUGGGAGGAUCGUGCCUACAACUAUGUGUAUCGCAAGAUUUUCCAAGGAAAGUGGCAUGAGUACGAUCCAUGGGAUCUAACAGGCCGCCUUGAUGCAAAUAUGAACAUGUACGAGGCACCAGGGGGGUGCUCGGUCUUCAGAGCCUUCCAGAGCUGGCUGGGGCUAUCUUGUCAUGGUCCCCAAGAAGGCACUCUGGUUGUUCAUCCCAUCUUGCAGCCUUCCACUGCGUAUUGGAUGCUUCGACCGUUUUUCAAGCCCACUCGAAAGGGCUCUUUAGAUGGUUGGAAGUUCUCGCUGGAUGAUGACGAAGGGAAUGUCUAUCUACAUGGAGCAAAUCCAGGAACUGCCCAAGAGCAUACACCAGACCACCAUCCCCACCUAAUGCUCCACGAAACCAUGAUACCGUAUCCGACCGUUGAUCCUGGUGAUACUGUGUUCUGGAGUGCCGACACAAUACACAGCACGGAGAAUGAAAACACAGGAGACACAGAUGCCUGUGUGUUUUACAUUCCAUCCGUUCCACUGACCCCUAACAACGCGCAAUACGUCGCACAGCAACGUGAGGCCUUUCUGAAGGGAAUCCCUCCACCAGACUUCCCAGGUGGGGUUGGCGAGUCCCAAUUCUCUGAUAGAGCAAAAGUCGGCGACGUCCAGUCGCAGGCUGGUAGGGAGGCAAUGGGGCUCAGUCCUAUCAAACCUGGUAUUAAAAACGAGCAGUCUGCAAAGCUGGCGCAGGAAGUAAACAAAAUCUUGGGCUACUGA